ACUGCGCAGACGCAGCCGACGCUUGCCUUUUCCGAGCAGCCCCAGAGAUGGCUGAAGUGAAGCAGAAGCCGCAGACCUUCCGCAAGUUCACUGACCGUGGCGUGGACCUGGACCAGCUGCUGGACAGGUCCUAUGAACAGCUGCUGCAGCUGUACAGCGCCCGCCAGAGGCGGCGCCCGAACCGGGGCCCGCGGAAGCAGCACUCUCUUCUCAAGCGCUUGAGGAAGGCCAAGGGGGAGGCUCCGCCCAUGGAGAAGCACCUGAGGGACAGGAUCGUGGGCAGCAUGCUGGGCGGGUACAAAAGCAAGACCUUCCGCCAGGUGGAGAUCAAGCCGGAGAUGAUUGGCCACCACUCCCUAGGCGAGUUCUCCAUCACCUACAAGCCGGUGAAGCGGCGCCCGGCUGGCAUCGGCGCCACCCACUCCUCCCCCUCACCCCCCUCAAGUAGCCGCGGCCAAUAA